UGAGGAGCCCACGCUCUCCAUCAUUUACUGCCGCUACAUAUGUAUGGAGAUGAUACCGAGGGGUAAAAUAUGAUCUCCACUUCACUCGCCGGGCACUUGCUACGCGCUUUCAUCUGCCCCUGCUUCACUUCAACUUUUACCCAUUAUAGUAUUUAAUGACAGUUACAUCUAUCUGUAUUAGCAAUGACUGGCGUCUCAAGGACUUGGAACGCUGCUAUGGCUGAAGGGGAUCCGUUAAUCGGAAUCAUGAGAUUAUUUUUAGGGAUGUGAGGAGGAUGAGAUGAGAUAGAGGUUUCGAAAUUCAUGUAAAUCGAUGAAAAAAUCAUAGGAGUAUUGGCUUUUACCAGGUUUGAAGAAUUUACAAGUUUGAUAUUUGGAGGACUGCACAAUGGGCAUCUCUGGGAAGUGGUUUAAGACGCUGGUUGGCCUUGGAAAGCCUAAAGCACAUCCAUCAGAGAAGCGUGGAAAUCAAAAGGUUCAUGGUGUCAGACUGAAAGAGUGGGAGCAGAGGAAACAUACUGGAGAGACUGUAGAUUUGGAAAGUCUAGAAACUCAGCAUGCCAUUGAUCUUGCAUCCAAUAUUGAUUCUGAGGCAAAUGCAAAUUUUGUCAAUUUUCCAGUUGAAGACACUUCAAUCAAUUCUACAUGCUCCCCUGGAAGGACGGGUAAAGAGGAAUGUGCUGCUAUUCACAUCCAGACUGCCUUUCGUGGCUUUCUGGCAAGGAGAGCCCUUCGUGCUUUGAAAGGAUUGGUGAGACUUCAGGCUCUUGUCAGAGGACAUGCAGUGAGGAAACAGGCUGCUAUUACCCUACGAUGCAUGCAAGCUUUGGUAAGAGUUCAGGCUCGUGUACGGGCUCGAAGGGUGCGCAUGGCAAUGGAAGAUCAGAUGAUCGAACAAAAACUUGAGCAGCAGCUUAGGAUUGAGGCUCAAAUCCGUGAAGCUGAGGAAGGUUGGUGCAACAGUAUAAAAUCGAAGGAGCAAAUUGAUGCUAAGAUACACAAGAGGCAAGAGGCUGCAGCUAAACGUGAGAGAGCCAUGGCUUAUGCCCUCACUCAUCAAUGGCAAGCAAACUCAAGACUAGUACCUGAAAUCCCUGAAGGAUUUGAACCUGAUAAAAACAAUUGGGGUUGGAAUUGGCUGGAACGUUGGAUGGCAGUACGCCCAUGGGAGAAUAGAAUCCUGGAUCAAAGCAUGAAGGAUGGUUUGGAGAAUGUUGAAGUGGCUUCAGAUUUGAAAAACUGUGGUCAUGAACCUCAAUCUAAAAUUGGUGUUAAAAAGGUUGUAUUGCAUUCUGUUAAGGUGGGGCAGAAGAAUGCUGGAACUAUAUCGGAUAGCAGCCAGUCAUCUUCAAGCAAGUCUAAUACCAUUCUUGGUACUUCUGGCUUGAUAUCAUCGAAGGUUAAUUCAAAGUCAUCACAUGCCUCUGUUGGAGUAAACAUAAACAGCAAUACAAACGAAGAAUUAGCGUCCAAGCCUUCCUACAAUGAAGGUCGAUCUCUAAGUAAUCCUAAGGAACGCCCGUCUACAGUUGAUACUCAAGCUACAAAAAGGUUAUCACUACCAAACUCUGGAAGAUCGAAGGUCAAGCAGAAGACCAACGAUGCUCAAUCAAACAUUAGUAAAGGGACGAGCAGGUUAGCACCAGCUACGAGCAGACGGAAUGGGCAAAGCCCUACAACUAAGCUGACUAAAGGCCAAUUAAAAAAUACCAUAAUCGAUCGGACUGCUCUUGAUAAUAAUAAUAAUAAUAAUAGAAAUACAAGUUUAGUUGUUGAUAAUGAAGAUGGCAAGCAACAUUCUUCUCAGGUUUUAACCUAACUCAAAUAUCAGGUCAACCGUUUGGUUUUUGGGAAGUCUUAUAACUGGAGUUGUAGACACUACCAAUACGAGAUAUAUGGGCCUUGGGUGUUAUAAAUAGCUUUUAUCUUCGAAAUGGUCCUUCAGGGUCAUUGAGUGCCACUCAUCAUCAUCUGCAGCGUGGUAGCUCAUUUUGAGUACUCAUUUGAAGUCAGAAUGUAUGUGUAUUAUGUACAUUUAGAAUUGUCAUAGUUAUUUGAAUUUCGAAGGAAACGGAGAUUUCUGUUGCCUUGUGCAGGUGUAUUAUUUAUUUAGAUCAAUAGCAGAUCAAUAUCUAGAUCUGUAGUUGGUUUGCUGGACAGGUAAGCUCCAUGUCCAAUUCCAACGUCAUGACGCUUCUUGGAUAUAAUUCUUUAAUAUUAUUUAUUACCCUAUCUUGCCUGAA